CAGUACAAGUCAACGACGAACAUGGAUUUGUAUUUCGCUCUGCUUAGUUUUUUAUCAAUUUUCGUUAUAUCAGAAGCUGCUAUCGUGUUCACAGAAAGGGGAUUUGUGGAAGGAAGUGUUAGAACAACCGAAGCUGGUGUCCAAUAUCAUAGUUUUCAAGGCAUUCCUUAUGCAAGACCUCCAAUCGGUGGUUUGCGCUUCCGUGAUGCAAUACCACCAGCACAUUGGCGAUUACAGGCGCCAUUAAAUUGUACCGUAGAAGGCCCACCAUUUUGGGGUAUUGGAGCAGCUCAACCUUCCUUCGAUUCCCUUCAUGUCAAUGUUUACACAAACGAUUUAAAUCCACCGACACCCUAUCCAGUCAUGGUGUGGAUUCAUGGUGGUGGGUGGCAAAGCGGAUCUGGCGGCACACAAUUUUACGGACCUGAUUAUCUUGUUGAGCAAAAUGUGACAAUCGUUACAAUGAAUUAUCGACUUCUGGCUUUUGGUUUUCUCAGUUUAGAUGAUCCUGAUCUUUAUGUUCCGGGAAAUCAAGCAUUCAAAGAUCAACGGAUGGCUUUGAGAUGGGUUCAACGCAAUAUUGCUUAUUUUGGUGGCGAUCCCAAUCAAGUCACAUUAUUCGGGCAGUCAUCAGGUGGAGGAAGUGUUCAUUACCAUAUGAUCUCUGAAAGUUCCCGUGGACUUUUUCAUCGUGCAAUUCUUAUGGCUGGAAGUGCUUUGCAUAAUGGAUAUUCUGUAGUUCCAAGAAAUAAUUGGGCACAACGAUUAGCUUCCAGUUUAAACUUUCAGUCUACAAAUGAACGAGAAAUUUUAACAUUUUUGGAGAAUGCACCACCAGCCGAUAUUGUUCUAGCUUCAUCUCUUCUUUUAACUCAAUCGGAAAUAAAUGAUGGACUUAUUUUAGCCUUUGGACCGACUAUCGAACCUUAUGACACCGAAGGAGUCUUUUUGAACGAUGACAUCCCAACUUUAGUUCGUAAUGCAUGGGGAAAUAAUAUUAACAUGCUAAUUGGAGGAACUUCAAUGGAAACUUUAGACACACUUCAAUUUAUCAGACUUGGCGGAGCUUUCCUGGAUUUCUUCGCAAAUUUUGGUUUUUACAUCCCACGUGAAUUAGAAUUGAAUAGGACAGGAGAGGAAGCUUUAGGUCAUGCACAAAGACUGCAAGAAAAUUAUUACGGUCAAUUGAUACCAACAGUAACAAAUGCUGAUGGAAUGUUAUUCGCAUUGGCUGAUUCAUAUCUCUGGUUUCCUGCCCAUCGAACUGUCCGAUAUCGAAUGCAAUCACAACAAGACGCUCACACUUUUGUUUAUCGUUUCGAUGCUGAUUCACAAAACAACGUCUUCAGGGAAAUUUUGGUUGGAGUUGAUCUGUAUCGUCAACCAACGCAUGGUGAUGAUUUGGCACAUUUGUUCAAAACAGUUCUUCAUAUGCCGAGAGUGAACAUGAAUCAACUUUCACUUAACACACUCAAUUUGAUGGUUUCACUUUUCACGAACUUUGCUAAGACAGGAAAUCCUAAUGACGAUCCAGAAAAUCCAUUUUGGUAUUCUAUUGAACAGUUUCAGGAAGCAGGCAAUCUAGAACAAGAUGUUUACUUAGUUGGUUAUAAUAUUAAAGAGAAUAGCACAUCAUUCGGCACACUUCCCGAAGCUGCAACAGUACGAACUCAUGAUGUUGUUUUUGGAGCAGUUGCCUUAAGCAAUGCUGAGACUUUUCUAACACUUGGCAUCAUAAAAUUGUCGUUACUCGUUGCCAUGAAAUAUCUCGCGUUUUAAAGGAUUUUUUUCUUAUAAAAAUUCAGUUUACAAGCUUAUUUAAUGGGAAGAAUGAAUGUCAAAUUUAAGUAUCUUAAGAUCUAAGAUUCUUUACAAAGUUUGGAAAAAAAGAGAAUAAUAAAAAGAAAUUGAGAAAUUGAAGCAUUUCAAUUGAACUUCAAACGGAACA